GCCCCCCUCCAUCCAUCCAUUCCCUGCCUGAGUGCUCUGCAAGAGGAGGGAGUUGGGUCUGGGAACGCGGCGCUCAGCACAGCACGGCUGCUGCACCAGCAGAUUCCCCGUCCCUUCUGCCACCGAUUUGCUACCCCACCCCGCUGCGGGUGAAUGAGGUUGAUGCUGCUCUGCUGCACUUGGAGCGACGAUCGCAUGGGAGAGGAGGAAGGAAGUGUGUUGCCUUUAUGUGCAGCGUGUGGACGGAGUAUCUUUGAUGGACAGUAUCUGCAAGCCCUUGGACUGGACUGGCACACAGACUGUUUCAGAUGUUCAGAGUGCAGUGCGUCACUGACCCACUGGUAUUACGAAAAAGACGGCCAGCUGUACUGCAAGAAGCAUUACUCAGCAAAGUAUGCGGAGCUGUGCAAUGGCUGUUCAGACCAGAUCACCAAGGGGCUGGUUAUGGUUGCUGGUGAGCAGAAAUACCACCCAGAAUGUUUCAUCUGCCUCAACUGCCAGACUUUUAUUGGAGAUGGUGACACUUACGCGCUUGUGGAGCGUUCCAAACUGUACUGUGGUCGCUGCUACUACCAGAUGGUUGUCACGCCUGUAAUAGAACAAUCUGUGCCAGAGUCUCCGAGCUCCCGCAUUCCACACACUGUGACACUAGUGUCUAUUCCUGCCUCCUCAGAUGGAAAACGUGGAUUGUCAGUAGCUGUAGACCGUAGAUGUAGUUCGUCCAGCUCUGGAUCUGAGCAUUCUCACACUGUACGAGUUAAAAAUGUUGAUCCAAGCUGCAUCAGCCCAGAGGCAAAGAAUUCAAUCCAUGUUGGAGAUCGGAUCCUAGAAAUUAAUGGGACGCCUAUCAAGAAUGUUCCACUGGAUGAGAUUGAUCUUCUUAUUCAGAAGACGAGUCAGUUACUGCAGCUAACAAUCGAGCAUGACCCUCAUGAAGUUAUUCCACGUGAUGUGGUAAACUCAAGCAGCCCACUCUCUGACGUUUGCAGCCCACUGAGAACAGGAGUGCGGACACCUGGUGUGGACAGCACCACAAAGCAAAGAGCAAUCACGAGAAGUUGCAGUAUCGACAAGUCUCCUUGCUCAAGCAUAGCAGGUUCACCUCAGUCAUUUAGAAAGGAUAUUGGUCGUUCAGAGUCGCUCAGGGUAGUCUCCAAGGCGCAUCGCAUUUUCCGUCCAUCAGACCUGAUCCAUGGAGAGGUGCUUGGUAAAGGGUGUUUUGGACAGGCCAUUAAGGUGACACACCGAGAGACAGGAGAGGUAAUGGCAAUGAAGGAGUUGAUUCGAUUUGAUGAGGAAACUCAGAGGACCUUUCUCAAAGAGGUAAAGGUGAUGCGAUGCCUGGAACACCCCAAUGUCCUGAGGUUUAUUGGAGUUCUUUACAAGGACAAAAGGCUCAACUUCAUAACAGAAUACAUUAAAGGGGGAACCCUACGAGAUACAAUCAAAAAAGGAGACAGCAAUCUCCCUUGGACCCAGCGUGUGAAGUUUGCCAGAGAUAUUGCUGCAGGAAUGGCAUAUUUGCAUUCUAUGAAUAUUAUCCACAGAGAUCUGAACUCCUACAACUGUCUUAUACGAGAGAACAAGAGUGUGGUGGUUGCAGAUUUUGGGUUGGCCCGGCUAAUGGAUGAUAAGAACCACACAAACAGGAUUUCUCCAAACAGCGUCAAGAACCUUAAAAAGGCAGAUAGACGAAAACGUUACACUGUGGUUGGCAAUCCAUAUUGGAUGGCACCAGAAAUGAUUAAUGGGAAAAGCUACGAUGAGAAAGUGGACAUAUUUUCAUUCGGGAUAGUGCUGUGUGAGAUCAUUGGAUUAGUGAAUGCUGACCCAGAUUACCUUCCCCGGACAAUGGAUUUUGGCCUCAAUGUCCGAGGCUUCCUGGAUAAAUACUGUCCUCCUGAAUGUCCAGUCUGGUUCUUCCCAAUCGCUGUUCUUUGCUGUGAUUUGGACCCUGAGAAAAGGCCUUCCUUUGUUCAGCUCCAGUACUGGCUAGAGAACCUUAUAAGGCAUCUUGAAAUCCGAAUUCCCCUGCCAUCGGAGUUGGAACAGUUGAGCCGGACCUUUUGGCAGAAUUAUCCACGAAGAGAAGGUGGUCUAGAUGUCCAGAAAGAGGAGCCAUACUGCGAAGAAACACCAGCCCACUGAUUAAUGUGGCAAACUGGUUUUCUGCUUUGCUACCAUCUCACAAGUUCCAGAAUAUCCUAGAAGUAAAAACAUGCCUGCCACAGCCCUAGUCAUGGGUUUAUGGUAAUUGGUUCUCCAGAAAGGGGAACAGUUUGCAAAGAAGCCCCAUGACCUUCUGCUGCAAAUAUUUUGCUAGUAGGACUUUGUGAAGGCUUUGUUUUACUUCACUGCAGAGGUUAUUCAUCAUUUUUCUCAUCCAGCAGAGCUCAGUUUUUGUUCAUUCCUUUAUCCAUUUCAUCUGACUGAAGAAGGCUUUAAAGCUGGACUGCGCCAGUAAUUAAUGAGGCACUUAUCUGGAACAUUGCCAUGAGGAGCACUAAAUUUUCACAUUUUGUUUCUUCAUGUGCUGAUCUCCCAGUACAUAGUGACUGAUGUUAGUGAGCGGCUCUGCCAAGUUAGUGUAAAACUUUUUCAUAAUUAGUCCCAACAUACCAUGUUUACAAUUAAGUUACUUUUGCAUCAAUCUGUUUUGACUGCCAAAAGUACCACUUGCAUCACACUAGUGUCCAACUGGUGAUUAAUUUGUGUUAAGGAAACAAAUGGAAAUCCUUUGUGGAUGUACUAUGAGUUCUGGAAGACAGGAAAUAUUUAUAAGAGGAUGAUUUUUUUUCUUCUUCUUCUUUUUUUUUUUUGCCUUAAGAUAGUUGCAACCAGGCCUUGAUUUCAUUUGCUAAUGCUAUAUACCUCGCAUUUCACAUUUGGCUAUGUAAUGUCCUUCUUUCCCUAAAUGAAUAUGUAUAGUAUUUGCAUUUGGCUUGUUGCUUGAUGUCCUCAUUUUCUUGUGGCUCAUACCAGGUUCUAAUCUAUUUUCUCAGGUGAUCUUUGUUGUUGUGUGGCCAGGUAACUGUGUCUGCUGUGGGUUCACUUACACAAGGGUGAUGGUUGUGAGUACCAUCUUCAAGACUUGUCAGUAAACAGCUGGAUGAAGCACUUUUAAAAGGAAAACCACCUCCCUGAUUCAAGUGCAAAUAGCUUCAGAUGUAGGGCUGAAAGGAUAUCAAACAGGUAAAGGGGAGGGCAUUGUUAAAAUGUAACAAUAAAACCACAGGUCAGAUUUUUUAUUGCUAACCUCCUUUACCCAAGGUAUUUGCUUUUAUUUCCUGCUAGAUAGUUUUCUGAUGAGUUUGUUAGAGAAAACAAAAUUCUUAAAUUUAGUAUGCAACCAAUCUUACAAGCUUCACAGUAUGCAAAGCACUGCUGUGGACAUGUACAUGCCAUGUUGUCACAUAUGCAAACUUCUAGUCUGUUGCCUUUCAAAGAGUCAAGGUGAAGUAACUGCCAUUUUUUUUUGACAUUCUAGUAAAUCUCCAAGAUUGAAUCAGUAGUGUUUAGUAUAUAGAAAAAUCCAAAACUUCUGAUGGCAUUGGUAGAGGUGUAAAUUAAAACAUACCACAAAAAAAGAAAAAAAUGAAAUUCUGUCCCCUUGUGAUUCUAGGAGAUCUGUCACUGCAAAUGUCCCUAGUUACCAUGUUGAUUUACUAAUAACUGUGCAUGCGCUAGACAUGUGCUGCCAAGUUUUAAUGGUUAGCCAUCAAUCGUUCAUCUGUCAGAAAAUCUCAUCUUCCCCAGCUCAAUCAUUUAACUACUGGUGGUUCUUCCAUGGCUUCCUUUUGUAGCUACUGCAUUUCUUCUCUCUCUUGUUGGCUGCUUCCAUGACAACUGCUGUAUUCCAUCCUAUCGCAAGACAAGAGCCAGCAAGUGUGCAAAGGAGGCAUAUUUUUCAGAACGUAUUCCAGUGGUCAGUGUGUGCCUGUAGGUGCAUUAGUCUCGCCUCUCUCUUUCUCAGCUUUACUGUAUUCUUCAGCAUAACGUGUACACCUGCUCAAAAGUCUGUGUUCUUUUGUGUUAAAACGUUUUGAGAAAAGAAAAAUGGUGUAUCAGGACAUUUUGCAAUAGUGAGCACUUUUUAGCUUCAGGGGAACUCUGCACUACAUGUUUAGUUUGCAGAGCAGUUCCAUACUAAAAAUGUUUCUGUUGAUAUAUUUGGUAGCUAUGGGAAACAUGCACAGAUCAAUUACCAUUUCUUCAUUAUGAAGAAUUUCAGUUCACACACUGCAUCAAUGGUCUGAAAUCGUACGCAUUUAAUUUGGUGUUAAAUAGCUGAUGCAAUCAAACAAUUAAGGUUUGUGCCUAACAAUUUCAAGGUCAUAGUUCGGUCACCUUCUGGUUACUGUCUCUGGAAUUUAGAUGGUUUCCUAGUGUCAACAUGAGUUUCUUUAGGUACUGUGGGGUAGCCACUCACAUCCCACAAAUGUAUAGCUUAACUACUAUAAGGUAUCGCUUGUCCUUUUGCCCCAUGUUAUGACCAACAAGAACUCAUGAAGAACUGGUUCAUUUAUCCAGUUAACAGAUUAAAAAAAAAGUGAAAAGUUUAAUAGGAAAUGCCCAGUAUUGAACAUUGGUAAUGUUAUAUAGCAUUCUCAUUGCUCAAAUCAGAAAUGUAACUAGGACAAUCUGGCACCCUGGGCAGUUCCUGAAAUUGGUGAACCCUCAAUUUAAGGUUGAGGAGCCCCCAAAAAUCUUUGCAAAGUUGAUGAUAAAAAAUAAAAAAAAUGCUCUUCUGCAAUUUGAAACUAGAGCAAACUGCUUGUGUAAAUGCAACACGUAAUCACCACAUAAUGACCACAUCAGCACUUCACACAGGACUGCAAAUGCAGUAUCAACAUUCAUAAAUGACACAGAGACCCUUGCAGCUUUGCAAAUCCAUGUUCAUACUGCACUCCAUCAUUGCCACCAGUCGAUUGUGCCCCCUCACAGCUUGCUUUCAGGGUAGCCUCGCCCUCCCCACCAUAUUUAUGGCUGUAGCUCAAAUUACCACUGUUGCUAUUAAUUAACCAAUUAAUUUCACCUGCUAACACUGAAAUCAGGGAUAACUAAUUUCAGGGUAGCCACAAACACACAAGUGGCAUUAAUAACUCUUAACAAAAAUUCAGGGAGUAGCAACAUAGAUCACUUUUGGAUUUUGUAAUGAAAACCAUUUGAUCUGUGCUUUUUAUUUGCAUCGUUACACUACUAACUGCCACUUAGCUUACCUGCCUCAGCUCUGAUAGUGUUACUGAGAUUUGGCAUUUAGAAAUACUUUCACAGCAAAGUUCAUAAGAAUGUAAAUUUGUAUGAGUCCCGCAUCGAUUUUGCUGAUUACCAGACACCUUUCUUCAAAGGCACUUAGGCAUCCGGGUGAUGUGGAAUGUCUCUUUAGAGAGCACUGUGUGUACAUUGCUAAGAAGAGUGUGUGUGGUUCAGACCUGUAGUGUACGUCCAGCAACAAAACAAGGAACUGCAGGUCAGAGACACUUCAUGAGCAACGUGCACGUUUUAGUAGACAUAAGUAAUUAUGGAUUAUACUAAAAAUACAGCUUCAAAAUGAGGAUUGGUUCAAUUCAAAUAUUUCAGUUUCUAUAUGUACUGAUGGUAUCUGAAGGUUAAAUUAUUCCCUUCAUGCAAUGUACAUUAUUAUGCUUGCUGUUUGCUUUCAAAACUAUGGGAAAACCUUGAGUGACAAAGCACAGACCUACAGUUGACUAUAUUAUAUAUACAUGUCUGUGUGUGUGUAUAUAUAUAUAUAUAUAUAUGUAUGUAUAUAUAUAUAUAAGGAAUGUCAUUGUACUGUUUUUCAGCGCUACAUUAUUAAUGGGCUCAUUACAUCUGGCAGUACAGGAUUCAAUUUUUCAGAAGUACACAGUAGUCCCAGAAGACUGAAUUUUGUGUACAGAAUAAACUGUAUUAUGUUUUGCUGGAGACAAGCAUAUAUUACUUAAAACCAAGAAAACUAUGUAGGACACAUCACAAGUAUAAAUGUCCACUCCACUCCAUCCAUGUGGACAUACUUAAGUGCUGCUGUGUACAAAAUAACUUUUUCUUUUAAAUAUAAAGGUUGAUACAGUAGUUACAUUACAACUGUAAUGCACUGGUUUCUUGUAUGACAUGGCAUAAGGAAUAUCUUCCAGACUGUCAUUUAAGUUGCCCAGUACAGAGGUGAUGAUCUCUCUAGGAUGUUGUUUUGAAUAUUUCUGUGCCAACUGGAUCACCUUUGUGCAGAGCAGUAAAGACUUAAAUUGCUGCUCUUUGAAACCAUUUUUAGAACUUUUUUUUUUUUUUUUUUAAUUUAAUUUGCACUAAGGAAGCGAAGAUGCAAAAGUGUUGUUUUAGUGGAUGUAUUAGUCAGUUAUUCUGUGGUACCUGUUUACUCCAGUUUGGAGAUUUUGGCAGAGAUGGUGCCUCCAGGAGCUCUUGGUGAGCAUAAGAAAAUUAAUCUUAAGGGGCACUAGGCCAUCACACCGGAAUGGGAUGAAUAAUGCUACGUUUCCACGUAUUGCGUUUAUACAAAGUGACCAUCUGUACUUUCUGCAGGGAGUAUUUUGAUUUGAAUAUAAGUUCAUCUGUCUUUGGUCACUGUAACAGAAAUGUUUGUUUUACAUGGACUGACCAUCACAGCUAAAAUACAAGGUUGAUACCUAUCAUGAGUGUGUCUUGUCAGGAUAAAAUCCCUCAUUAGAAAUUUUGAUGCCAUGGUUUUAGUCCUUUUCGGUUAGCCUGCAUGUUCACUGACCUUGUGACCAGUGAUUUUUAUGCAUAACUUAAAUGCUUUCUUCAGUCUUGACAACGUGAAUAGUUGGCUAAGUUGAGCAGGAGAAUUCAGGGUUGGUUGCAGAUCUGCAGAACUUUAUAAUAUUGUACUAAACAGGCAGGCAUAGAAAACAAGAUGGCUAGCCCCAUUACAGUCCAUUAGUGUAUUGUUUAUGUAAAUGAGCCAUGUUACAAGAGUGGUUAUGCAUUUACUUUCUUUGUGGAAUGAUGAAGGAAGUCCCUGCAGGAAUGAAAUGCUCCUCUGCUUUAAACUCAGGGAGCUUAAAAUUUGGACCAAAGUGGUGCCUUUACUGUUUGUUUGUUCAUAUGUUUUGUCCAUUCUAACUGCAAAAGCUUGACAAACCAUUUCUCACAACAAAAUAUUUUUUUAUAUAAUCAAAGCUGUAGAGCUAAUGUACCACUGAAGAUUUCAUGUUCAAUGUGUGUUUUCAUUUGUAUGUUUUUUGUUUUGUGUUUUUUUUAUUUUGUAUAGAAAGUGAAUAGAAAAACUGUGAGCCGCAAUGCACUUUGACAAUGGAAAUAGUUAUCACAAACUCUGAUCUGAAAAAAAAAAACAAUGUAGAGGAAAAACUUAUUUGCAAAUGUUGUGUAACAAAGAACAUAAAUAAAAUUGACUCCUUUAAAACA